ACCAUGGAGGAAGCUCUCAACACCACCAUAGAUCCAGCUUGUUUACAAGAUCCCCCGCUGGCUAUCGACGUGAUAAAGCAGCUCGAUGUGUUUGGUAUCUGCCUGUACUCCAUGCUCACCUUCAUGUCCUGCGUCUCCCUGCUGCUCUACCUGGAGCAGUGCGUCUAUAUUUAUAAAAAACUGCCCUACCCUAAGAAGACGACCAUCAUCUGGAUAAACGGUGCAGCACCAGUCAUUGCCACCAUGGCUUGUUUUGGGAUGUGGAUCCCAAAGGCAGUCAUGUUCACAGACAUGACAUCUAACUGUUAUUUUGCAGUGGUGGUGUAUAAAGUCCUGGUUCUGAUGAUUGAAGAGUUGGGGGGCACCAAUGUUUUCCUGAAUAGGUUUUCUGGAGAAACCUUUAGGAUCAGCACAGGACCCUGCUGCUGCUGCUGCCCCUGUUUGCCCCGUGUACCCAUGUCAUGGCGAAUGUUAUUCUUGCUGAAGCUGGGCGCUCUUCAGUAUGCUGUCCUAAAGACGGUGCUCUCUGUCCUCGCCAUAAUAUUGUGGACAAAUGGCAACUUUGAUCUCUCUGAUCUAGAGAUCACUGGCACAGCUAUUUGGAUCAACCCAUUCAUUGGCGUUCUCACAAUCAUCUCCCUUUGGCCUGUCGCAAUCAUCUUCAUGAACACUAACAGACAUAUGCGCAACCUCAAUAUCAUACCCAAGUAUGCUAUGUACCAGCUAAUACUUGUGUUGAGUCAGCUGCAGACAUCAAUCAUUAACAUCCUGGCCUUAGAUGGAACCAUCGCCUGUUCUCCUCCCUUCUCUUCUCAAGCUCGUGGAUCCAUGCUAAGUCAGCAGAUGAUGAUCAUGGAGAUGUUCAUCAUCACUCUGGUCACUCGGUUUUUGUAUCGUCGCACAUAUGACACACUUCAUUCUGAGGCACAUGACAACGACCACAAUGCCAAAGCUCUCGUGGAGCAUGAUGUCUAA